GAAAUCGACUGGGCCGCUGCAUCACAAUAUGGUAACGAAUGUGUUUCUGUGACUACCACAGCACCCAUGCUCUCAAUUGUCAUUGUUUUGGCGGCGUGGAUCUGUAAUGUAUCGGCUUCCAGCAGUAUCAUAAUGAGCAGCACUAACGCAACAAACAGCAUCAGUGUGUCAGAUACGGCGGGAACCAGCUCUGAUGUAACCCUCAGCGCAACGGUGUCCGACACGACGGGAACCAGCAGUACCAGUCGCAGCAGCCUCAGCGUAACCGGCAGCACCACUGUCACCAGCACAACGAGAACCAGCAGCAGUAGCACUAGCGCUACCAACGCCAUCAUUAUGGCCAGGACCAUGGGAAUAAGCGGUGCUCCCCGCAGCACCAACAGCGCAACCAGCAGCACCAGAUCGACCCUGGAGCCCGCCUCAGCCCUCAGGCUCCAGAGCCGGUCAGCUACGCCCGCCCCGCCGCCGACGCCAACGCCUCAGCACAUGUGGGGGACCAUUGUCGGCCAGUGCACGCUAGACGGUAUGUGUGUGCAGAGCGCGAAUUAUCCGCUGAAUUAUGGUGCAGAUGAGGCGUGCACGGUCGAGAUUGAUUUGGGGAAUGCAGUGCCGAUCUUUGUGGAGAGCUUCAAUGUAGAAUCAUUUUUCGAUUCUCUAGUUAUCAACGGAGUUGCAUAUUCUGGAAGUUUGCGCCCCGAUGGGGUCACGCCGACGGAAAGCAUGGUGUGGGCGUCAGACUUUCUAGUUCCUGAGCACAUGAUGUGGGGGGCCAUUGGUGGCCAAUGUUCAUUGGACGGUAUGUGUGUGCAGAGCGCGAAUUACCCACAGAAUUACACUGCAAGCGAGGCGUGCACGGUCGAGAUCGAUGUGGGGAACGCAGUGCCGAUCUUCGUGGAGACAUUCGAUGUAGAGUCGUAUUUCGACAAACUCAUUGUCAACGGUGUUGCAUAUUCUGGAGUCUCGCGUCCCGAUGGGGUCACCCCAACGGAGGAUAUCACAUGGUCUUCGGACGAGGUGGGGCAGAGCAGCGGGUGGAGAGUGUGCAUACCGGCGCCAACACCUGAACCGCCACCGACGCCAGUGCCUGAGCACAUGUGGAAGGCCAUAGUCGGCCAGUGCACGCUAGACGGGAUUUGUGUGCAGAGUCCGAAUUAUCCGCAGAACUACGGUGCAGACGAGGCGUGCACGAUUGAGGUCCACGUGGGGAUCGCAGUGCCGAUCAUCGUGGAGAGUUUCGGUGUAGAAGCAUACUUCGACUACCUCACAGUCAACGGGGUUCAAUAUACUGGAACUUCGGGUCCGGAUGGGGUCACCCCGACUGAGAGCAUAACAUGGUCAGCAGAUUACGAGGGGCAAAGCAAUGGGUGGAGAUUGUGCGUGCCGCCGCCAACACCUGCGCCCCCUCCAACGCCUGCCCCGCCGCCGACGCCAGUGCUUGAAAACAUGUGGGGCGCCAUUGUCGGCCAGUGCACGCUAGACGGCAAUUGCGUGGAGAGCGCGAAUUAUCCGCAGAAUUACGGUGCAAGCGAGGCGUGCACGGUCGAGAUCGAUGUGGGGAACGCAGUGCCGAUCUUCGUGGAGACAUUCGAUGUAGAGUCGUAUUUCGACAAACUCAUUGUCAACGGUGUUGCAUAUUCUGGAGUCUCGCGUCCCGAUGGGGUCACCCCAACGGAGGAUAUCACAUGGUCUUCGGACGAGGUGGGGCAGAGCAGCGGGUGGAGAGUGUGCAUACCGGCGCCAACACCUGAACCGCCGCCGCCUGAGCACAUGUGGAAGGCCAUAGUCGGCCAGUGCACGCUAGACGGGAUUUGUGUGCAAAGUCCGAAUUAUCCGCAGAACUACGAUGCAGACGAGGCGUGCACGAUUGAGGUCCACGUGGGGAUCGCAGUGCCGAUCAUCGUGGAGAGUUUCGGUGUAGAAGCGUACUUCGACUACCUCACAGUCAACGGGUGCACGCUGAGCGGCAUUUGUGUGCAGAGUGCGAAUUAUCCGCAGAACUACGGUGCAGACGAGGCGUGCACGAUUGAGAUCCUCUUGGAAAACGCAGCACCGAUCCUCGUGGAGAGUUUCGACGUAGAGCAGUUUUUCGACUACCUCACACAUAACAUGGUCAGCAGAUUACGAGGGGCAAAGCAAUGGGUGGAGAGUGUGCGUGCUAUGGUCGACGCCCGCACCGCCACUCACCCCAGUUCGACCGACUAA